CUUCUGCAGGAAGGAACUCGCGUGGCUUUGUCUACCAGACGACACGGUAUUGUAAUAACUUUGUAAUAACAAGUGAUUUGAAAAAUGGAUCUUAUGGAACCCGGAGUAGAUCAACAUGCUGGUCAGAUGAUCAAGGACGAACUGGCGGAAAAAUGUCAGAAAUUAUUCCAGGCUUUUUUGGAAGAGUUUCAGAAUAGCGAUGGGGAGGUGAAAUACCUGCGGGACGCAGAAGAGUUGAUCCGGCCCGAGAGGAAUACGCUCGUGGUCAGUUUUACAGAUCUGGAGGGAUUUAAUCAAGAACUGGCCACCGCCAUCCAGGAGGAGUUCUACAGACUUUACCCCUACCUGUGCCGAGCUGUCCGUAGCUUUGCUCGAGAUCAUGGCAAGGUCCCUGUCGCCAAAGAAUUCUAUGUUGCCUUCCAGGAUCUACCAACCAGACACAAGAUCCGUGAGUUGACCGCGCUGAAGGUCGGCUCGCUGGUGCGGAUCAGCGGUCAGGUCGUCCGUACUCACCCUGUUCACCCUGAGCUGGUGAGCGGGACCUUCUUGUGUCUGGACUGUCAGGGAGAGAUAAAAGACGUAGAGCAACAGUUUAAAUACACGCAGCCGAGCAUCUGCCGCAACCCGGUGUGCAACAACCGCAGACGCUUUCUCCUUGAUACGAACAAAUCCAAGUUCAUCGAUUUUCAGAAGGUGCGGAUACAGGAGACGCAGGCAGAACUUCCCCGAGGGUCUAUACCGCGCAGUAUGGAGGUGAUCCUGCGAGCGGAGGCUGUGGAGUCAGCACAGGCCGGUGAUAAAUGUGACUUCAUUGGCUCUCUCAUCGUCGUGCCUGAUGUAUCCCAGCUGGCCACACCAGGUAUGCGUUCUGAGACCAGCUCCAGGACAGCUGGAGCACAAGGUUAUGAGAACGAAGGCAUACGUGGACUGAAAGCGCUGGGUGUCAGAGAACUCAGCUACCGACUGGCCUUCUUGGCGUGCAACGUAGCCCCAACCAAUCCCAGAUUUGGCGGUAAGGAGCUUCGAGAUGAGGAUCAGACUGCAGAAAGCAUCAAGAAUCAGAUGUCAGCGCAGGAGUGGGAUAAGGUGUUCGAGAUGAGCCAAGACAAGAAUCUCUACCACAACCUCUGCACCAGCCUCUUCCCUACCAUUCAUGGCAAUGAUGAAGUAAAGCGAGGAAUUCUGCUUAUGCUGUUCGGCGGUGUUCCUAAAACCACCAUGGAGGGCACAUCUCUGAGAGGUGACAUCAAUGUCUGCAUUGUUGGAGACCCCAGCACAGCCAAAAGCCAGUUUCUAAAGCACGUGGAGGAAUUCAGUCCACGAGCAGUGUACACCAGCGGUAAAGCUUCCAGAGCGGCCGGUCUCACAGCUGCUGUGGUGAGAGACGAGGAAUCACACGAGUUUGUCAUUGAGGCCGGAGCCCUCAUGUUGGCCGAUAAUGGUGUUUGCUGCAUUGAUGAGUUUGAUAAGAUGGAAACCAGAGACCAGGUGGCCAUCCAUGAGGCCAUGGAGCAGCAGACCAUCUCCAUCACCAAAGCUGGAGUCAAGGCCACCCUGAACGCUCGCACAUCCAUCUUGGCUGCAGCGAAUCCGGUGAGCGGACGCUACGACCGCACCAAAUCUCUCAAACAGAACAUCAACCUGUCAGCACCCAUCAUGUCCCGCUUCGAUCUCUUCUUCAUCCUGGUGGACGAUUGUAAUGAGGUCACCGACUAUGCCAUAGCCAGACGUAUUGUUGACCUUCACUCCAGGAUCGAGAAUUCUGUGGAGCGUGUCUACACUCUGGAUGAGAUCCGCAGAUAUCUGCUCUUCGCCCGGCAGUUCAAACCAAAGAUCUCAAAGGAGUCUGAGGAAUUCAUCGUUGAGCAGUAUAAGCGUCUGAGACAGAGAGAUGGUUCUGGAGUUACUAAAUCAGCCUGGAGGAUCACCGUCCGCCAGCUGGAGAGCUUGAUCCGGCUCUCUGAGAGCAUGGCCAGGAUGCACUGCUGUGAUGAGGUUCAACCAAAGCAUGUAAAGGAAGCUUUCAGACUGCUGAAUAAGUCCAUCAUUCGGGUCGAGACCCCUGAUAUUAAUCUGGAUCGGGAGGAAGAGGAGGCCAUGGAAGAAGAACAGCUGAAUGGACAUGAUGUUCCUAAUGGCGUAAACGGAGAAGUAAACGGUCACGAGCACACAAACGGUAUUAACGGUCACGCAGUCAAUGGAGACAACGGUAAACCUUCACUGCGCAUAUCGUUUGCCGACUACAAGCGGAUUUCCAACCUUUUGGUGCUACACCUACGCCGAUCUGAGGAAGCUGAAGAGGAGGCUGCCCUUAAGAAGAGUGCCGUAGUGAACUGGUACCUGAAGGAAAUUGAAUCAGAGAUUGAUUCAGAAAUGGAACUCAUGAAUAAGAAGGCAAUGAUAGACAAAGUCAUCCACAGACUGGUUCAUUGUGAUUAUAUUCUGAUUGAGCUCACACAGUCUGGAAUGAAGGGUUCUGUUGAGUCCAGUGGAACAGAAUCUCAGGAGGAUGUUACUCUUGUGGUCAACCCCAAUUACACGUUUGAUGACUAGGUCUUCUUUUGAUGCUGUACAUACAGUUAAAAUCAGCAUACUAAUUUUUAGAUAUGGAAUGUCGGAUGAGAUGUGAAAACUGGUCUGGUUCUUUGUGUAAAUUGGUUAAUUCUUCAUUUUAAUCUUAAUUGUCAAGAUGUGACCUUUUCAAAAAUAUUAAUUUUGUAAAUAAUGUUUUUCGUGUUUUAGUAUAUUUUAAAAGGCAUAAAAUGUUUUGCAUGUAUUGUCAUAAGAGCUGUCAAAGGAUAAUGUCAGAAAAGUUCAUGAUGCAAUAAAGUAAAUA